AUUUGUUUAGUAUCGCGAGGGUACAGGUUUCACUUACUCACCUGCCCUGCAUAAAUUAAGUCUCAUUAGCAUCUCAUUACGCCUGCGCAGUGGCGUCCAUCCUUGUUUCCUAGUUUCCACCGUACACUUUGCUACAGUGGGGAGGGUUUACUUUGCUCUUAAGGGGAGUCAAGAUUCUGUAAACUGCAAGAAAGGAACGACUUAAGGAACCUAAAAUUCAUUUUCCUCGGAUGUCACAAGUUUCGACCAACGUCAUCAAGAUAUCAAGGAGGGAAAACGGUGCACUGAUUUGUUUGGAGACCUCACGGAAGUGUUUUUUUUUCUGUCAACAGGUUGCAGUUUGAUGUUUGGACCAUGAUUUGAGUUUAAGAGCAUCAACAACGAUGCACAAUGCUGGCUGGUUACCACGGACCUACACAGGGAGGUGUUAAGAGCGAGAAAUUUUUCCCGACCGUUUCCGAGCGUAAGCUUCCAAUCGUCGUAGCGGCAACAGGCAUGAAGAACGCCGCUAACAAACAGAGCACGCCGCCUCAGACCGGCAGGGGCGCACAGGACGGGGCCAUGUUACCAAGACUCGUCGACCAAGGAUCGAAAUUCGACUUCGGAACAAUUUCACCACCCAAGGAACCCGAACAAGCCUGGCAGGCCUUACCUAAAGUACCUGUGGUGACCCUUAAGAAGAUGUACUCAUCCUUUAAGUCCAGCAGUGCUCCUGCCGACCCUAAUGACAACCUUAACACCUUAAUGGGCCAUGAUGUACCCGGGCCGCUACCAUGGCAAACUAGAAACUUCAGAUCGUCUACCAUGCUCCGAUGUGUGCCCAUUGCCCGCCGACAUCAGGACAUGUUCGCUGGUCACACCUUCUCCAUCGCUAAAACUAGACCUGUGGCCUUCCACACUGACAGAUAUAUGUGGGACCCAAGCAGGCUACCAUCAGCAGAGGAAGAACUCCAGCAAACCAGAGACAAAUCAGGGCUCAACCUUACUGUUACUGGUCUGUCUCCACUACUGGCUCAGAAGGAGCGGUUUGAGAAGGAGCUGAGGGAGAUGGAGGAGAUCCGGGGACAGAAGAGGAAACGAGAAGUGGUCCCACAUCGUCUCAGGUUCAACAUGUCCAUGGAGGGCAGACCUGCCGAGUACACUGAGAGGUAUGACAUUGCUGCUGAGGUACAGAAACUGAAGACUAUCAUCCUUCCUCCUGCUGCUAAGGAGACGUACAUGGGGAGGGGCUUCAGGUUCCCAGAAGACCACUUUACAAAGAGACCGCCCAUAGUCAGAGAACCUAAAGUCCCAGCCCCACCAGUCAACAGCAGACUGUCUCAGCCUGAAGAUGGUGACCUCCGAGAGUCAAAGGUCAGACGACAGGUCACCAUACGCACCCCUCGCAGACCGACGCGGGAUAUCCCGUCAGAACUGAGCGACCAGGAAUCACUGGACUCCGCCAUUGGUGGGAGGGUCAAGAAGGAAACUAUGAGACCAUCCAGAAGACCAUUAGAAUCCGCCCCUCCGGCGGAGCCACCACCCCCCAUCCCAGAACCCCCAGUGGAACAGUCCGCAAGCGAUCAUGAGCCAGAGGAGAGAGAAGAGGAACCAAAACCUGAACCUGCCCCCCUCCCCCCUACUGUGGAGCCAGAACCGGAGCCAGCUGAAGCUCAGAUGGAGAUACAGAGUGUGUCAUUGGCUGGGGACGUGGCAGAGGACAGAGUGGAUGAAGGAGAGGAACAGAUGGACAUGGAGCCCAGCAUCAUUUCAGCCAGUCCUGAGAAAGAUGUCUCAUCUAACCUGCUACAGACCUCCAAACUGAGUAGACUGGUCUCAGAGACAGAGAAGGCCAUGUAUGAGAGACAGUUCAAGAAACUGGACACAGACAAGGAUGGACACAUCACAUUUGCGGAGAUGAAAACACAGAUGCCAGAAAAUCUGUCCAAAGCUCAGAGCAAAUAUGUCAAACAGGUUUAUGACAUCACCAGUUCUUCCACUUUCUUUGGCCUGGAGGAGUUCAUCAGUCUGAGUCUCCUGUGUGAGACCAUGUCAAGGGUCGGGAACACCAUGCGUGAGAUGUAUGAACAGAUAGACUUCGGAGGACUGUCAGAGUCCAUCUCUCAAUAUGCUGAGUUGUUUUCCUCUGUUGACAGACAACAGACAGGGUCCAUAACUAUGAACUCAUUACAGGGCAUCCUGUCUACAACAUUAGGAAGAGAUCUACAGUCAGACCAGAAAUUACAGGCACAAAUCUACUCCGCUUUAGAAAAGAUUGAACACUCCCCUGUCACGUAUAUGGAGUACAUGGCGUACAUCCCAUACUUCCUAUACCUCGAGGGCAUGAGCGGGGCGUCAUGAUCCAAGUAGCAACACUGUUACAUCAGGGGUUUAGCCAGCUUCAGGGCUCAAGAUUCAUUUUUGGGAAUAGGUGCACUGGUGCACCCAACCUAAAAAAUUAGGUGCACAAAAUUUUUUGGGUGCACCAUAUGAAACAAAACCUAAUUGCAGAUCUUACUGCUCCUCUUCUGAGCUUGAAUCUAAAAUGAGAGCUAACUUCAAAAUCUGAAACAUUGCUACAACAAAAGAUUUUAGGAUUUUUCUGAUACUAGAGACCAAGAAUAUUCGGUAUACUAUUAUACACUUCUAAUGUUAAAAAUUCCUACAAAAAUAUUUGGGUGCA